AUUUCGAAGCUCGAAUAGUAAAGAAGCUAUGGAUACGCAACAAUUUUGAUCACUUAAUGCAUUUAGAAAUUCACUAUAAAAAGUAAAGAAGAAAAAAGUGUUUUGAUUUUGGUAUUGCGGUCUCCAAUCUAAAUUGUGAUAUUGGUAGUAUUUUAACAGCAACAAGAAAGCAAAAUAAAAUAAAAAUACAUACAGUAACGUCUGCGUCUCUGUACUUGUGUGUUUUUCCGUUAACGUCUUCGUCAAUUCGUCUCUCGGAAAGAAACAAAUCAAUAAUCGUAAAGCAAGACAAGCAGAAAGUACAAAAUCAUCUGGAAUCUCAGCAAAGACUAUAAUAUUAAAAAUAACUAGAAGUGAGAGGAACUUGAGUUUUUCAAUAAAAAGAGAAAAAUUGUCAAGUUGCAAUUUGAGAUUGAAAGAAACAACACAUCAACAACAAACAGUGACAGUUCUUUAUCAUCAAGAUGGCGAAUAUAGCAACGCAGCCACGGUUCACCCUUUAUGCACCUGCAACAUCAACAGCCCUGGAUCAGGUGGACAACAGCACGAACAGCACAGCAACGCAUCUGCUCAAGUCGUUCGUCAACAGAAUGAAUGAUAAAUACCAUAGGGAGGACGAGCGCCUUAAGACGUUCGAGACCUGGCCAUUGCCCUGGCUGGACAAGAACGUGCUGGCACAGACUGGCAUGUUCUAUACGAAUGAGGAUGACAAGUGCAAAUGCUAUUUCUGUGAGGUGGAAAUCGGUCGUUGGGUGCACGAGGAUCAUCCCGUGAAUGAGCAUCUACGUUGGUCGCCCAACUGCCCGCUUCUGCGCCGUCGCACCACCAACAACUUGCCUAUAAACGCGGAUGCCUUGGAUCGCAACCUGCCACAAGCCAGCUUCGAUGUGUGCGGAUCAAAUGAUACAUCCUCGUUGGAUAUACGCGAGAAUGCCUACUCUGAGGGCUUACCCUCUAUACAGUCGACGGGCUUGAACAGUUUUCAGCCAGCGAGAGCUGCCAGUCUGGGCUCGUCGACAACACCAGCGUCAACGAACAGCUCGAGUGGCGGCAAUUAUUUUCCCGAGUAUCCAGAGUAUGCCAUCGAGUCGGCACGUCUGCGCAGCUUCGAGGAUUGGCCGCGCAACAUGAAGCAGAAGCCACAGCAGCUCGCCGAGGCGGGUUUCUUUUAUACUGGGGUCGGCGAUCGCGUACGCUGUUUCAGCUGCGGCGGCGGCCUCAAGGACUGGGACGACAACGACGAGCCCUGGGAGCAGCAUGCUCUCUGGCUGGGACAGUGCCGCUUCGUCAAGCUGAUCAAGGGUCAGCUCUACAUCGACAGUGUCGUGGCAGCAGCAGCCGAGGCAGCCAAACAGGAUCAGGCGAAGGAGCAGGAACAGGCGCAAAGUCUAAACGUCGGCUCUACGCAAAGCUCAGCCAGCAGUACUAUCGCUUCAUCAGAUAUUGCUCCGGCUACUGCUGGUGCUGCUGCAGCUGUUGCUGCUGGCGCUGCACAACCAGAGGUUGCGGCCAGCGAGGGCGAUGUGCCGCCAACAGCUGCCACACGCAUCUACAACAAAAUUGUGGCCCAUUCUGCAGCCGACUCUAUGGGCACGGGCACGGCGACGUCAGCGCCUGGCGCUCCAGUUAUCGUGCCCGAGGAGAAACUCUGCAAGAUCUGCUAUGCGGCCGAGUACAACACCGCAUUUUUGCCGUGCGGGCAUGUCGUGGCAUGCGCCAAGUGCGCCUCGUCCGUGACCAAGUGCCCGCUCUGCCGGAAACCCUUCACCGAUGUCAUGCGUGUAUAUUUUUCUUAAAUGGCAUCGAGUCCACCAUCCUAACCUAUACUGGACGUCCGCAGGAGGCUAGCGCGGCCAAUUGUCCUGGCCGUUAUCUGAAACAAAGCACCACCCCCCGCUCGCCAUCACAACAGCCAAAAACGCCGCCGCCUCGGCUGUAACGGCCAGCCGGACUCGUGGAUUCAUCCUUAAGUUCAGCUGGCCGUUACACGACAAAUGAUGUGGACACAUUAGUCUAGAAUGUAUAGUUGUACUAAAGUUUAAAUAACAUAAUAUUCGUAAUAAUAAAUUACUUUCGGCAAACACUUGAUGUUUAAUAUAUAUAUUACAUAAAUGUACUACAUAAAUUUGCAUGGGUUGCCCUAAUAAUCUUAUUUUUUUCAAAUAAACCAGUAAUUUAUGUAUAUUAAAAACGGAUAACAUAAUAUAGAGAGCUCUAUUAUUCAAAACAAA